AUGGAAAAUUAUAAGGAAGAAAAUGAUGUGCUACUACAAGUUGUUGAAGAAGACGGAGAUAUAACACAGCAGGAAUCUGAACUCGAUAUCCAAAUUGAUAAUCUUAAAAGUGAAAUUCAAGAACUUCGUAAAGAUCAAGGAGAGGUUCAAAAACUUGAAUCAAACAUAAGGACUUUGGAAGAAGAUCUAAAGCAACUAGAGAAGUUCAGAGAUACACUACAGGAAAAGCUCAAUGCAAAUAAAAAAAGAAAAGAUGGCUUGGAGGAAAAUAUAAAGCAGUUUUGUGCAGAAAUAGCUGAUAUGAAGACUACACUUGCUGCAAAAGAAAAACAGUUGACAACGCAGUCUGUGAGUGGUGAGGAAGCUAGGGCUCUACGGAUACGAAAAGAUGUGAUCACAGCUCGAAUUCAACAAGUUAAAAACGAACGUCAAGAAAUCGGGAAUGAAAAUGAUAUACUUCUUUCUUCAAAUUUCAAAGAGGCUUCGGAACUACGCGAAAGUUAUCGAAUAUUUGUCCGAGCCUAUGAAGAUAUAAGCAGAACAGUGAUUGGGGAAGAUCCAUUCAUUGCAACCCUAGCACAUCAUUCACCGAAUGAACCGAAAUUUCUUGAAUUCAUUGAUGAAAUUGAGGGGAAGUUGAAUGAACUUUAUGACAACGUGAAUAGUUGUAUCCGAAAGGUGGAAGAUGAAAUAACUGGAACAUGUCGAAAAAAAGAUGAAGUUGUACAACGUAAUUCCUUAUUGGUGGAAAAUCUGAAACAAAUCCAGCGACGGACUUCGAAAUUGACCCAUGAUUUUAAUCUCAAACGCGAAGAUUGGAAAGAUGAGCAUAAAAAAUUGAUGUCUGAGGUUGAUAUGGCACAAAAUGAACUUGAUAGCUUGUUAGCUCUACGUAACGGGAAGGUCAGUUUUGACAUGAUUGUGAACAUUUCUCACAGUGAGUUGUUCUUGGCAUAUAGAUUACUUCGUACCAUAAAUGCAAUUGAUCUUCACUGUUAUUUUCAGCUUUCUGCACAUGAGGAGCUAGUAGAGGCACGAAAAGAACUUCAAUCUCGAAGUAUUGAAAUCGAGGAAGCAAGCAAGAGGACGAUUAAUGAAGCGACAAUGAAGUUUUCAAUGUUACUGGACGUUUGGGAGCAUUUACGGGUAUGUUUAUUGCUACUGUUUCGGUUAUAA